AUGGCCACCAAACGCGCCCUCCGCGCCCUCCACACCACCCUCUCCACCCCCCAAUCCGCCCUCCCUAGAACAACCUCUCUCACAAUAAGAACAACCCUGCACCCGACACGACAAUCCAGCACAACCGCCCCCUCAGCCUACAAAGCCGUCCACCGCCGCAUCUCCCCGCUCCCUUCAGCCCACACCUCCGCCCCCGUCUCCCCCGCCGCAGCCGUCAGCAACAUCCUCUAUGAAACCCCUCUCCCCUCCUCCGCGCCUCGCGCCCGGCAUAUCCUCAAUUGCCUCGUGCAGAACGAGCCGGGCGUCUUGUCCCGCGUUUCAGGGAUUCUCGCCGCGAGGGGCUUCAACAUCGACUCACUCGUUGUUUGCAGCACCGAGGUCGCGGAUCUGAGUCGUAUGACGAUCGUCUUACAAGGACAGGACGGGGUGGUGGAGCAGGCGCGACGGCAGUUGGAGGAUCUGGUGCCGGUGUGGGCGGUGCUGGAUUACACGGCUGCUCCCUUGGUGCAGCGGGAGCUGCUGCUGGCGAAGAUCAGCACCCUGGGACCGGAGUACUUCGACGAAUUGCUUGCGCAUCACCGGGAGAUGACGGGCGCGGAGACGAUGGCGCAGGGAGCCGAAGACAUGACGCCAGAGCAGCUGGCGGAGGCGAGGGAGGGCGAGGGAAACCAGGCGAUGCAGACUCCGGAUUUCCAUCCAAGCAAUCUGGCGCCGUCUGAGGCUUUGAGACUGAAGCACCAGCAUUUGGAGACGAUUACGCAUCUGGCGCAUCAGUUUGGUGGGAAGGUGUUGGAUAUCAGUACGAAUAACUGUAUCGUGGAAGUGUCGGCGAAGCCUAGCAGGAUUGACAGCUUCAUGAAGCUCAUUGCGCCGUUUGGGAUUCUGGAGAGCGCGAGGACGGGUCUCAUGGCUCUUCCACGAUCACCCUUACACGCUCCCGCAGAACUGGCGCAGGAGGCGGAAGAUGUCGUGGACCACAGCUCUCUACCGCCAAGCUAG